CUGGCACUUGCCACGAGUAACUGAAGCGUGCGAACAUGAUGCACACGAGCGGUUAACGUUUGGAAAUACAUGGAGAUCGUGGCAGCGCGCGGAGAGCAGUCCCGAGGAAGAGAUGCAAGAAGCGAAGACGCAGCGGACAACGAGGAGGAAGAGAGGGAGAAGAAGAAGCAGCGGCAGCGGAAAGUCGGACUGCGCCUGAUUAUUCACGAUCUUUGUCUUGUCAAGUUCCCGUACAUUUCCCCUGUGCGCUCCACUUAAGAGGACUGAGAUCGGGAUCAACAUUAGAUCUGGUUCUGCAAGAUUCGGAAUUAGGACCGUAUAAAAACGAGAACGAAGGAGAGAGAGAGUUUGCGCGGAAUUGGCAUCCAUGGCGUGCAUCAAAGGGACAUUAAGAUCGGCGUCCGUGGCGUUCUCGCCGGAUUCGCCGUACCUGGCGGCUGGGACUAUGGCCGGCGCGGUGGAUCUUUCCUUCAGCUCUUCGGCGAAUCUGGAGGUUUUCAAAUUGGAUUUCCAGUCCGAUGAGUGGGAGCUGCCCGUGGUGGGAGAGUGCGCUAGUAGCGAGCGCUUCAGCAGGUUAUCGUGGGGGAAGCCUGGACCGGGCAGCAAGGAAUACGCGUUGGGACUGAUUGCCGGAGGGUUGGUCGACGGUGGCAUCAACAUCUGGAACCCUCUCAGAUUAAUGAGCUCCAAGGUUGCUGAAGGUUCUCUGGUUGCAAGUCUUCAGAAGCAUACGGGGCCGGUUCAUGGAUUGGAAUUCAACAUUAAUUCACCAAAUCUACUUGCUUCUGGUGCUGAUGAUGGAGAACUUUGCAUUUGGGAUCUUUCCAACCCUGCAGAGCCAUCACACUUCCCACCCCUGAAGGGUGUUGGAUCUGGUGCCCAAGGUGAAGUGUCAUUUCUGGCAUGGAACCACAAAGUGCAACAUAUAUUAGCAUCUACUUCAUAUAAUGGGACUACAGUCAUUUGGGAUUUGAAGAGGCAGAAACCAGUGAUAAGCUUUUCAGAUUCAAUUCGAAGGCGAUGCUCGGUUUUGCAGUGGAACCCUGAUGUUGCAACCCAGCUUAUUGUUGCUUCUGAUGAUGAUAGAUUUCCUUCAUUAAGGGUUUGGGACAUGAGGAACACAAUAUCACCAAUGAAAGAGUUUGUUGGCCACUCGAAAGGUGUGAUUGCAAUGUCGUGGUGUCCUAAUGAUAGCUCCUUCCUACUUACAUGUGCAAAAGAUAAUAGAACUCUGUGCUGGGACACAGUCACUGGAGAGAUAAUUUCUGAAUUGCCUGCCAGUACUAAUUGGAAUUUUGAUAUCCAUUGGUACCCAAAGAUACCGGGUGUCUUAUCUGCAUCUUCAUUUGAUGGGAAGAUUGGUAUAUACAAUAUUGAGGCUUGCAGCCGUCUGUCAUCUGCAGAAACUGAUUUUGGAAGUGCAUCAAUGGGAGGGUCACCUGUUCAUCUUCGAGCUCCAAAGUGGUUGAAAUGUCCGGUUGGGGUUGAUUUUGGUUUUGGUGGAAAGCUUGCUUCUUUUCGUCCUUGUGCAGGGGCAGCUGGAACUUCAGAGGUUCACGUGCAUAAUUUAGUGACGGAGUCCAAUUUAGUUAAUCGAUCAACUGAAUUUGAAGCAGCAAUGAGAAAUGGUGAUAAAGCUGCUCUAAGAGCUCUUUGCGAGACAAAAUCUCAAGAGGCUCAGUCUGAAGAUGACAGAGAAACAUGGGGCUUCCUGAAAGUGAUGUUUGACAUUGAAGGCAUAGCUCGGACAGAGCUACGUAAGCAUCUUGGUUUUGCAGGUGAUGCGAAUGCAAUUGCUGACUCUGAUCUUAGCAAGAAAAUGGAAGAGUUUCUUUCUCUUGGUGAACAUAUGGCUGGUAAGGCAGAUGCAGGUGUUUCCCUUUUGGGGAAAGGAAUACAAGAUACUUUACUUGAUAAUGGGGAGGAUUUUUUUAACAAUCUUGAAAGUCCAAAGGCAGAAGCUUUUUCAGCUUCAGAAGGUGUGAUUGCUGGUGAUACAUCUGUACCAAAUGGUGAAAAGAUACAGAAUGAAGCAGGAUUAGACGAGAGCCCUGAAUCAUCGUUGGAUGAAGCUAUUCAGCAUUCUUUAAUUAUUGGAGAUUAUAAGGAAGCUGUUUCUCAUUGCAUGUCUGCUAACAGAAUGGCAGAUGCUCUAGUGAUUUCGCAUUGGGGUGGUUUAUGGGAAAGCACUCGGGACCAAUAUCUCAAGAGAAGCCAUUCAUCAUAUAUAAAGGUUCUUGCUGCAUUGGUUGGAAAUGAUCUCUUGAGCCUUGUGAAUGUUAGACCAUUGAGCUCCUGGAAAGAGACACUUGCCCUUCUUUGUACCUAUGCAAGGGGAGAAGAGUGGAGUCUUUUGUGUGAUACCCUUGCAUCGAGACUAAUGGUGGGGGGACACACAUUGGCAGCUACUUUAUGCUAUAUAUGUGCUGGAAAUAUCGAUAAGACUGUAGAGAUUUGGUCAAGAAAUUUAAAAGAUAAUUAUAAUGGGAAGAGCUAUGUUGAUCAUCUUCAGGAUAUGAUGGAAAAGACAGUUGUCCUUGCUUUGGCAACUGAGCAAAAGAACUUCAGCACAUCCUUAACAAAACUUGUGGAGAAUUAUGCUGAACUUCUUGCUAGUCAAGGGCUUCUGACAACCGCAAUGGAGUACCUGAAAUUAUUGAGAACAGAAGGUUCCUCCAACGAGUUAGCUAUCCUCCAAGAUAGGAUUGCUUUUGCUAUGGAAGAGAAAGAAGCCCCGAAGACUUCACAUUUUGACAGCACAACAUCUCAGCAAAUGCCAGUAUAUGGAAAUGUGCAAGCAGGAUCCAAUAGGAUUGACGGCAGCCAACAAUACUAUCAGGACAAUGCACAACCACAAUCACCAUUUGGGUUACCUAGUAAUGCUUAUGGGGAAGGCUAUCAACAACCCUUUGCCCCUUCAUAUGGAACAAAUUACCAUCCUGUGCAUUCAAAACAACAAUUCCAAGAUUACACAAACCAGUCCUUUCAGUCAACAGGCGCUCCUCAAAUGUUCGUUCCGCAGCAGUUUCCUCAAGCUCAGCAGAUGCAUUAUGCUCCAAGUGUGGCAGCAUCACCUGAAGUAAAGCCAUUUAACCCUGCCCCUCCACCUGCACUGAAACAUAUAGAGCAAUAUCAACAGCCUACACUGGCUUCCCAUCUUUACCCUGGUAAUUCAACUGCUUCCUUCCAAGUUGGGAUGCCAGGUUCAGUUCCUCAUGGUGCAGGUGCAUCUCAACCAACUCCUUUCAUGCCCAACAAGAUGCCCAGCCAAAUUAUGGCACCAGCUCCUGCAGCUAAAGGUUUUAUGCCAGUGACAAGCACUGGAUUUGUUCAAAAAUCUUCUCAACCAUCAAGUCCAACUCAUGUCGCAGAGGCUCAGCCAACUGCUGCAUCUUCAGCUUCAACACAAAGUGCACCACCGACUGUUGAGACCGUUGAUACCUCAAAUGUAUCAGCUCAAAUGAGACCUGUUGUUGAAACACUGAGGAGAUUGUAUGAAGAGACAUCAAGAAUUCUGGGUGCUCCAAAUGCUGUUACGAACAGAAGGCGUGAGAUUGAUGAUAAUUCCAGGAGACUUGGAUCACUGUUUGCCAAACUCAACUCUGAAGAUAUUUCACCUAAUGCUGCCACGAAGCUUGUUCAGCUAUGCCAAGCUUUAGACAAGGGAGAUUUUUCUGGUGCUUUACACAUUCAGGUUCUCCUGACGACAAGUGAUUGGGAUGAAUGCAAUUUCUGGCUCUCGCCACUCAAGAGGAUGAUAAAGUUGAGGCAAAAUGCAAGAUGAGAUUGAGCAACCUCAGCACUGAUUGGCUUUCCUUUCCUGAUCGCAGUGCAAGAAGCAGCAGCGUUUCUACCAGUGAUGGUCUCUGCGUCCUUCAGUCGAUAACGUUUUGAAGUGCCAGUGCGGCCUCUUUGUAUUCCUCAGGAUUUCGUUUCAUUUUUCUUGAUCAAAUGGGUUCUAUGAGAUGGCGCCGUUACUGCUUAGCUGGUGGCCGUGCAAGCUGGGGCUUGGUUUGUUAGUUUUUAUACAAACGAUUGUCUCAUAAAUUUUAGUCCUUUGUCUCUUUGCUAAUUCAAUUAUUCUACCAAUUAUUUUUCCA